AUGAACCGCUUCAUGCCCAUAAAUGUCAGCACCCCCCAGUCCAUCUAUGAGACUCUACGGCAGUACGAUGACGACUCCGAUGAUGGCUCUGACGUCGAGAACCGCGCUGGCAUGGCGGUGGACGAAGAGAACCUUGUCGGAGACCAGUACGCGGACUACGAGCUCGAAGAUGCCCUUGCGCAUGCCUCGGACACCCAGUCGAGACAGAGCAGUCCCUUCUCGCGCCGGUCGAGGUUCGGGAAUAACGUGAACAUCACCUCCACCAUGCAUGCCGGCAAUACUGCUGCUGGUGGUGUCCGGAUGGAAGACACUGAAGAAGCUGAUGAUGAAGUUCCCGCCUCGUUGCUGGUGGAAGGGAGUGCGGUGCCGAGUUCUCCCUUGCCGCCUCCGCCCAUGCAUCCGUUAAGGUCGAGUGGGAUAGGCGAACACUCGCUACACCUACGCGGGCCGUCAACCUCGUCGGCUGGCCAGGCGAGGAACAGGUGGAUGGAGGGUAUACCUGAGCAGGAAGAGCCGCCGCGUGUUUGGGGAGUGAAGCAGCAUGCUGCUCUGCGUCUGGCUGACCCCAAAGAGAAGGCCCUCUGGAGGUGGGCGAACGUAGAGAACCUGGAUAACUUCUUGCAGGAAGUGUAUGAUUAUUUCCUUGGGAACGGUAUCUGGAGUAUCAUGCUAGGCAGGGCCCUUAACUUGAUCACUCUGGCGUUUGUAGUUGGGUUUACUACCUUCCUCUCCAGCUGCAUCGACUACAAGAGAGUGCCGCAUAGCAAGACCAUGUCACAGAUUCUCAUACCUGGAUGCGUUCGCAAGAUGUCGGCUUUCUCUACCUUCCUGCUCUGGCUUUUCACCAUAUUCUGGAUCGGCAAGGUGUUCCAAUACGCCGUUGACUUUCGUCGUCUGCGGCACAUGCAGGACUUUUACCAGUACCUUCUGGGCAUUCCAGACGCCGAUGUCCAGACUGUCUCAUGGCAGCAGGUCGUAAGCCGGCUCAUGGCCCUCAGAGACUCCAACCCUUCCACCGCUGCUGCAGUGUCUGCCAAACACCGUCGGUUCCUAGGCAGCCAGUCCAAACAGCGCAUGGAUGCACACGAUAUUGCCAACCGCCUCAUGAGACGGGAGAACUAUCUCAUCGCCCUCUUCAACAAAGAUAUCCUCGAUCUCACUCUGCCCGUUCCUUUCCUCCGCAAACGCCAGCUCUUCUCCCGUACCCUAGAGUGGAACCUCAACCUCUGCGUGCUGGACUACGCAUUCAACCAACAGGGCCAGCUCCGACCCCUUUUUCUCAAGGACACCCACCGAAAGGCCCUAAGUGACGGCCUUCGACGCCGCUUCAUCCUAGCAGGCUUCAUGAACAUCUUCAUGGCCCCCUUUAUCGUCACCUACUUCCUCAUGCAUUAUUUCUUCCGCUACUUCAGCGAAUACCAGAAGAACCCGUCCCAGAUCGGGUCAAGACAGUACACUCCACUCGCCGAGUGGAAGUUCCGCGAGUUCAAUGAACUCUGGCAUCUAUUCGAACGGCGCACAAACAUGUCCCGUCUCGCUGCGGACGAGUACAUCGCCCAGUUCCCCAAGGACAAAACAGUCCAGUUCGCUCGGUUUGUAGCAUUCAUAGCCAGCGCACUUGCCUCUGUCCUUGCACUCGCAACAAUCAUCGAUCCAGAGCUAUUUCUCGGAUUCGAAAUAACACACGAUAGAACUGCGCUGUUCUAUCUCGGUAUCUUUGGUUCCGUCUGGGCUGUAGCUCAGGGCGUUAUACCGGCGGAAAACCUGGUGUUCGAUCCCGAACUUGCCAUUCGGCGAGUCAUCGAAUACACUCAUUACCAGCCAAGCCACUGGCAAGGAAGGCUGCACAGCGAUGAGAUCAAGAAAGAGUUCUCUCUUCUCUACCAGAUGAAGCUGGUCAUUUUCCUCGAGGAAAUACUAAGCAUGAUCUUCACGCCGUUCGUCCUUUGGUUCAGCCUGCCGAAGUGCAGUGAUCGGCUGAUUGACUUUUUCCGUGAAUUCACUGUCCACGUCGAUGGGCUGGGAUACGUUUGUUCCUUUGCCGUGUUCGACUUCAAGAAGGGUAACAAUAUCAUCCCGCAGGGCCGUGAUGCCACUGGCGCUACUAUUCCUGCCACGGGUGCUGGUCCCGGUGCUCUUCCAGCUCCUGGACGGAAUGACUACUACUCUACUCAGGAUGGAAAGAUGCUGGCAUCCUACUACGGCUUUCUAGACCAUUAUUCCACCAACCCUACCGCUGGUGGAACACACGCUUACAUGCUGCAUCGACGGCAGAACCCGCUGUCUAAGAUGAAUACCGGAGACAUUGGCACGAACCCAUAUGACCGUGGGCCACAGCGGUCAAUACAUCACAACCUAGGCAUGACGAGCCUUCAUUCUCCUCCCCAUGAACCAGUCAUGACGAGGCCAGUCUCGCCCUUAGCAUCAGUCCUCCUGGACUCACACCAUCAGCCGCCCGCCUCUGGAUUGAAGAAUGUAAACCGCCUUCCAGGACCUUCACCACGAACCCGACCUACUCGCCAACCAAGCAUCAUGAGAGGUGCCAUCCCGGAGCCUAUCGAGUCCCGAUCUCAGUCUCAAUCUCAGUCCCGGUCCCAGUCCCAGUCCCAGGUAGCCACACCUCGACUAGCUGCCCGCGGAUCCCACAAGGCCGGUUCAAGCACCAGACUGGCAGUAGACGACAGCCACUUCGAAGAAUCAUGGCGUAUGAACCAAGCCGCUGACGUCGAAGGGGAAGACAAGGAGGAAGAGGAAGAAGACAUCAAUGAGGUUGUCGAGGGAGCCGGCGUGCUGGGCUUGAUCCAGCAGUUCCAGAUGACAGGAAACGAAGGCCGGAGGACAGUAGGAAUGUAA